ACGUCGACGACGGCGACAAGCAACUUCGUCUUUCACUCCCCGCCUCUCCCCGCUCGUUACCCUAGGCGACCCUCAAGCAUGUACGCGAACAUGCGCCAGCGCCUGUCCCUCUUCUGCAAGAAGACGGCGACAUAUGGUCUCGCAGCGGCAGCGGCGGCGGCGCGGAGGCAGGGACUGCAGCAAACUCGGCCCAUUCACCGCCUGCACCCCGCGGCGCGGCCUAAUACGACACUCCACCUUUCCUCGGGGUCUCUACGGCGACGAUACGCCAUGCCUGCACCGGCCGUGUUCCGCCAGAUGCAUGCGCGCGCGAUCUCGUAUUCGUCCAUCCCUCGCUUCAUGGCCCGCGCUUUCCGAAUUCCAAUAGCUGGUGCAACUGUCGGCGCAGGGGGCUUUGCGUACGCGAACUACAAGGUUGAUGAGUUCAAGAAGACGACCUCGGAGUGGAUGAACACUGUGCAGGAUACGGCCAGCGGGCUCUUUGACUCUGCGUCAGGUGGGCUCAAAGAAGUGUCCGAGGGUCUAUCCGAAGGACUGAAGGGCGUCACCGAUCGCGUAUCCAACGCCGAGGCCCCUCAGUUCCUCAAGGACUUGUUCACUGGCAUGAAGGAGAGGCGCGAGAAGAGACGACAGGAAGGAGAGGACGGUGGUGAUCAGCAGGAAGGGGGCAAGAAACCGCCGACGGACGAAGCUGCCAUUGCUGCGCUGGUCGCCGCCACCAUGUCUUCACCUGCUGAGCCCAAGCAGGGCGGCGAUGACAACUCCACCCAAAACGGCCUCAUGCACCUCACGCGCAAGCUCAUCGAGAUACGCAGCAUGCUGCUCAGCAUCGACCAGAGCGACGCGCUCAAGUUGCCCAGCAUUGUCGUCAUUGGCAGUCAGAGUUCCGGCAAGAGCUCUGUUUUGGAGACCAUUGUUGGGCACGAGUUCCUCCCAAAGGGAAACAACAUGGUCACCCGUCGCCCGCUGGAACUCACCCUUAUCCAUACUCCCAACAACGACGGCAACAAGCGCGCAGCGGAGUACGGCGAGUUCCCCGCCCUUGGGCUCGGGAAGAUCACCGACUUCUCUCAAAUCCAACGCACACUGACUGACCUCAAUAUGGCGGUGCCUGCUUCUGAAUGCGUCUCGGACGAGCCCAUCGACCUUAGGAUAUACUCGCCCAACGUCCCCGAUCUCACUCUCAUUGAUCUCCCGGGAUACAUUCAGAUUGCUUCCAUGGACCAACCGGAGACGCUCAAGAGCAAGAUCGCGAGUCUUUGCGAGAAAUACAUCCGAGAGCCCAACAUCAUCCUCGCUGUAUGCGCCGCUGACGUCGAUCUCGCUAACUCGCCUGCUCUGAGGGCUAGUCGCGCGGUGGAUCCUCUGGGCUUGCGCACGAUUGGCGUCAUCACGAAGAUGGAUCUGGUACCUCCCGAGCAAGGCGCUAGUAUUUUGGCGGGCAAUCGCUACCCUCUGCACCUCGGCUACGUCGGUGUUGUUGCCAAAGCUGGCAGGCGCAUCUCGCCUCGCGAGAACGCCCAGGAGGUAGCGCGACGCAAUGAGGAGGACUUCUUCGCUCACCACCGCGACGUAUUCCGUACUGGCAACCUGAUGGUCGGCACGGAUACCCUGCGCCGUCGGCUGAUGGAGGUCCUCGAGUCGUCGAUGGCGUCCUCGCUUCACGGCAUCACCAACGCUGUUCAGCUUGAGCUGGAGGAGGCGACCUACCAGUUCAAGGUGCAAUACAACGACCGUCGCGUCACCGCCGAGUCAUACGUCGCGGAGACCAUGGACAAGCUGAAGGCGCGCUUCGCCGAGCACACCCAGCAGUUCCGUCGGCCCAUCAUCCGCGCAAAGCUGAAGGCCAUGCUCGACGACAAGGUUAUGGACGUCCUCGAGCAGCUCUACUGGCUCGACCGCCGCACACCGGAGCUCAACCAGCUCGGCGCCGACCCACGCAAGACGGCGGAAGACGUCGACCCCUACUGGCGCCACAAGCUCGAUGCCGCAUCGUCCCUGUUGACGAAGUCCGGCGUCGGUCGCGAUGCGACGCUGCUGGUCGCGGACGGCCUGCGCACACUCAUCGACUCGAUCGCCGCGAGCGAGCCAUUCAACUACCACCCCCGCACCGCCGAGCGCUUGAUCGAGUUCUCGCACGCCAUCCUGCGCGACCGCAUCGGUGUCACGUCGGACCAAGUUGAGAACUGCAUCAAGCCAUACAAGUACGAUGUGGAGGUCGACGAGCGCGAGUGGAACCUCGGCCGCGAGCAGGCAGUGAAGCUGUUCGAGAACGAGCUGACGAUGUGCGAGACGAAGCUGAAGGAUAUCCGGAAGAAGGUGGGCGGGUCGAGGCGGCUGGGGAGCUUGAUUCAGUAUGUGAAAACGCUGGAAGAGAAGGAGAAGGAGCGGAAGGUCAAGCGGCUGGAGGGUGCACCUCAGGAGGACGAAAUUACCCCCGAAUCCUACAAGUACCCGCCCGCGCAGAUACAUGAUGCUCGCCAUGCACUCUUGUAUGCCGACCGAUUGGCCGUUCUCAAGUUGCGCCUGGCCGCUUUGAAGUCGAAGCGGUGUCGUUCUGGCCCCGAGAACGAUGUCUUCUGCCCCGAAGCCUUCCUGGAUGUCGUCGCGGACAAGCUUGCAUACACCUCCGCUAUGUUCAUCAACAUAGAACUUCUAGACCAUUUCUUCUACCAAUUCCCCCGCGAAAUCGACUCCCGCUUAUUGUACGACCUUGACCGGAAGGAGAUCCUCGAAUUCGCGCGGGAGAACCCUGCUGUACGGCGACAUCUUGACUUGCAGGAGCGCAAGGACAAGUUGGAAGAGGUCAUGAAGCAGCUGAACAGCCUCUCAACCCUUCGUGCCGACCCGAAGCCUGCGGCGACAAGGCGCCAGCGCGGCUUGUUUAGCAACAUCUUCUGAUCCUUCGGUGUCUUGCCUCUGAUCGCCCGGUCCUUGCCUCUACUCUCACAUUCGGAUGUGGGUUCUUCUUGUCUAUGUUAUAACGAUGGACGGAGCGUUAACGAUGUUACGAUAGUUUGUGUAUCUACUACAUGUUGGAUGUACUUACAUUAUAGUUCUAAUCUAGCACCACUCAGUACUCAGUACUCUUGUUUGCAUGCAACAUGGCACCGUCAAAACGUCGUCGACGC